GUGUUGACCUUUGCUGCUAAUUAAUUAAUUAUCAAAACAAAUAAACAGAACAGAAAGACAGUGUACUACUAUCUGCCUGGCCAACUAGGUACAAAGCCAUUCCAUUUACUGCUCAUGUACAUAUCAUACUGCACUCAAAAUCAUGAGUAAGAAAAAGCAGAAUGGAUUCUCCGUCUUUAUGCAAGAGAUACAGCAAGAGUUGCGACGUCAAGGAAGGAACGUGCCCAUGAGAGAUAUGCCUACCCUUGCUGGUCCAAAAUGGGCUCAACUCUCAGACGCUAGGAAGCAGGCAUACCAAGCCAUCGCAAAGGGAGACUCUAGUGGUGCCCAAGGCUAUACUCGUACUCAGGGGCCUGGGCCUGGCUUAAACAGUGCCUCUCGUCCAGGGCCGGGGAGAAUGGAUGCGACUGGGGUACUACUGUCAAGCAAACGCGACUUUGCUGCAGAAAUGACUGAGAGAAGAAGCAAAGAAAAGGAACUUAUCAAAUCUGCCCUUCCGCCAGGGAGAGCAGCUGCUAAUGAGAGCUUCUUCUUUGUUGAUUUCCAGUCUCUUUGUGAAAUGUCCAUAAACGGAGAGAAACGUUACCUACCCUGUGAAGUAGCUCUGGUCGAGUUCUCUUUGGUGUCUGGAGUAAAGAGGAAACUGCAUAAAUUUAUUGAUCCCGGCAAAAUUCCAAUGGGUUAUCGAUACCUGGCCCAGAGCACAAGUGAUACUACACACCAAAUCCCCAUAGCAGAAUUUGAACAGGCUGAAAAAGACUACAGAAAACUUCUAGGCGAAAUUGAAAACUUUCUAGACCCUAAUUGGACUGAGAAAAUGCCUCCUGUCUUCUCAAAGCGUGAGAGUGCUGAGAGGUGUGAGUGGUGUCUGGCGUGGUUGGCAGACAAAGCUGGAGUAAUGAACCGACUGGACAAGGUCUACGAAGUCGACGCUCUGCUGGGGUUGUUCUCUGGGCACCUGGAUGGCAAGGCUAUGAGCUUCUUCCAGAUUGAUGAGUUGUUGAAGACCUCCAUCUAUGACUUUGAAGCAGGAACAAGAUGUGAUUUCCAUGAGGAGAAAGAAACUAAGUUUUGCUCGCUGGGUGUGUGCAAUAUCUACACAUUUGUAGCUGCUGAGUGUCUGUGUCCAAAGUUUGGAGUGUCUCUGACCUCGGCUCAUCUCCCCAAGUUGUCUGUGGGGGGUACAGUGACUACCUUCAAGAUGAAGACCCCUUCUGAUGAAGUGGCGAGGGAUCUUGACAAUGAGGACUAUCCUGACUCUGAUGAUGAUUUAAGGCCACCUUCACCACUGACGUUUGGUAGGGGGCGUGUCUUGGGAGGACUAGGGCGUGGCAAUCUCAUCAAGCUUCCAAAAGUUGGAGGACUUCGAAUUCAUGAACAAUAACAUUCCAUCAACUGCUUCUCUUUUCUUUAAUUAAUGAUCUAUUUUCUCUUAAUUAUUUAAGAAAUUUACAUAAUUAUCAUUUCCCUGUUUAUAAAAAUGUUUGGGCAUGCUAAUUAAUAUUGUCCAUGCUGGUGUAUGAUCAUAUUGAGCAAUUGUUUUAAUAAUUAUAAUAAAAUGUUUAUAAUGGACAAGAGCCAACAAUGGUGCUGUUGAAUAAUGACUGAUGCUGAGACGAUUAUUGUUGAUUCAUUAAAAAAAAAAAGACAC